CUCCGCAAACCAAACCAAAAACCAGCAGCCUCCGCCCCCCACCCCCAUUUCCCCCAGACGCCAUGAACUUCUCCGUCGGCGGGAGCGGGGGCGGUGGCGGUGGUGGCGGCGGCGGGGGAGGCCCCGGAGACGGCCGCGAGCAGGCGGAGCGCUGGCUGGAGAUCGCGGAGAAGCUCCUCGCCGCGCGCGACCUCGUCGGCUGCAAGCGCUUCGCGGAGCGGGCCGUGGAGUCCGACCCGCUCCUCGCGGGCGCCGAUGAGCUCCUCGCCGUUACCGACGUCCUCCUCGCCUCCCAGUCGGCCCUCCCCUCGGGCCAGCCCGACCCGCUCGCCGUCCUGCAGCUCCCGCCCGGGGCCGCCCCCGACCAGGCCGCCGUCUCCCGCGCCUUCCGCCGCCUCGCGCUCCUCCUCAGCCCGCGCAACCCGCACCCGGGCGCCGACGUGGCGCUCCGCCUCGUCAACGACGCCUACGCCGUCCUCUCCGAUCCGUCCCGCCGCCCCCCGCCUUCUGCCAAUCAAGCGAUGGGUACCCCCCCUCCCUCCCAGCAUGCCUCCGCGGCGGCCGCCGCCGCCCCUCCGGCCCCCGAUCCGCCGGAGUUCUGGACGGCGUGCCCGUUCUGCUGCUACGUGCACCAGUACCCGCGCGACCUGGUCGGGCGUGCCCUCAAGUGCCCCAACGAGGGGUGCCGCCGUGGGUUCGUGGCCGCUGAGAUCCCUGCCGCGCCGACUAUCGUGCCGGGCACCGAAAUGUACCACUGCGCCUGGGGGUUCUUCCCCCUCGGAUUUCCCAAUGCGGCUGACCUGGGUGGCAACUGGAAGGCAUUCUACAAGAUGUUCCCGUGGAACACAGCUCCCGGUGGCGAAGGUGCUGGUGGUAGGAGCCAAGGGUACCGCGGUGGGAGCAAUAUUAGGCAGCCGCAGGUUGGCAGUGCUCGUGGUGGCUCCUCUAGAGGUAGGAUCAAGAAGACGACCGCUCGCAAGAGGGUUGGAGCGGGGCUCAAGAGACGUUCUUUUGGUGGUGGCGUGGAGAGCGGCAUUGAUUCGUCCAUGCUUGGACAGGAAGGGUGGGCUGGGGAUGAGGACGGUGGAGAUGGACGGGCUGAGGAGGUGAGGGGAAUUAACAUAAAUGAGGCGGCGCAGGCAACAGAUAGUAGUGGUAGGGUGAAUGUUAGUGGUGCUGGCGGGGUUGAAGAUAUGGGCAACUUCCAUAUUGAUGUUGAUGCAACAGAGGAUAUAUUGGGGAAUUUGCACAACUUGCCCUUCUUGAGGGUGGACAAUCUUGGGCGAAUGCUUUAACUGUUAUGGUUUGCUAGCGCUGGUGGGGUAUUGUAUAAUUAACCAGGUCGAAGCAGAUGUCCCAGGGGCUGAUCCUUGUUGUUCAAGUGUUCAUUUUGCUGUAAUCAUUCCAUCCCCUGUUAUGUCAUUUAGUAGCUGUAGACUUGUAGGCUACGUUGUACCUGUAGUUACUUAGCCGGAGGUUGUGUCGGACCGGGCAACUUUGUGGUAUCUCCAUUAGUUGGAGAUACAUGCCCUUUGCCUUUGCAAACAAACUUGCGGAGUUUUCCGCUGAUGCAUGAGGGGGAAUAAUGCUUCACAGAGGUGUGGUUGGACUGGUUAUGCUUCUCAUGCCACUUUUGGUUUCAUCCUGGCAGAGUGACAGGAAAGGUUGCUGAGAGCAAGCAGAGAAAUUGUUUUCUUUGGCAACCAGCGGCAAGUUGUCCAUGCCAUGCCUUGAAGGAAGCAAAGCGUCUUUGGCCCAGCUUAGGGGGAAAUACCAGCAGCACUAACCUGAAGACAAAUUCCUUUUGCUGUUUUUAUCUGUUUGUUAGGCUUGUUAGCCCCAUGUCUAGGAGAGAAACCCAUGCAAAACUCCGCCAUAAGUUUGCCCAGAAAUGUUAACUGUAGUUGUUGUCUUGUCAGCAAUUUCAGACCCGUGACGUUUUCGAUU